AUGGGUAGAUUAUUCCAUCUGGAGCGGCUGGCUCUGGGGAGGUCUCCGUUCGAGAGCAUCGAUGCCGAGGACUCGCCACCCGAAGUAGACAGCCAGGGAGGAAUCUCAAGUCCGGACAAUGGCCACUACCAGCAGCAGUACGACCGCAAAGGCCGUCCAAUCAACCCAGCAACUGAGAAGCACAACCGAGAGCUGCGGCACGCUCAAAAUGCCAUCCUGGAACUUGUCGGCGUGGUCGAGAGCAAGGACCAAACCGCCAGGCUAGAGCAAGAACGGCGUGCCGAGGAACGGGCAAUGAUAUUGCAUGACGAGCACGAUUGGGGAGAUACUUUCGAAUCACUCGGUGAGGCUCGGACCAGGUUUGAGAAUAGCACUCUCUUCGACGAGAUUCCAAAAGUUCACCCGCGAAGAGCUCAAACCGUCCUCAAUGCCUUCGAGGAGACGCUCUGCACUGCCGUCGACAUAGCCUUGCUCCCACUCCACUACCACACCUGGGCGCACACGCUCGGUCUCGCACCUGCAUGGCCUUUGCUACCCAGCUGGAGGAUCCUCCUCCCAAAAGACUCCUUGUCUCUCCAUGCCUAUGUCUGGAGACCGGUUGUCCAGCACGGCAUUUUCCGCCACUUUACCUCCCCAGCGGUCCUGAUGCUCUGCUGGGCCUUCCUGACCCGCAACAGCUACCCCGACGCCUGCGCCAAGCGAUACUCGCCCUUCAACCGCCUCGCGGACUUUGCAUACCCGCGGGCAAACCAGAACCCUGAGCGUCCACGUGACCCACUCGGCCGUGUCCUGUACCAAGCAGCCUUGCUGCGCCAGAAGAUCUUGCGUUUGCUCGGUUACAAUCUGCAUGGCGCCCAUCAUAACGAGAAUUCCUUCCGCAACGAUCGCCCUGCCGAGUAUGCUACAAUACUAUAUGAGAACAACAGACGUAUUGACCACCGAGGCCGUGUUAAUGACGAAGUCUACCGCUCGACUGCACUCUCUCUCCUCGCACCAGGAUAUCUUGCGGAUUGCAUCGACCGCUUCCUCGUCCGCCUCCUGCUACUGCCGUUCGAGAACGCAAUGCUGCGUUCCAUCACCUCAUCGUACCUCGCAUCCCCCCUACCCAAGACGAUCCUGGCAGUCAGUGCAGCGACGAACUAUCUCAUACCUGGAAGCAACCGACUCGCACCAUUCGGAUCCUGGCAGUUCGGGACCGCAUAUCUGAGUAAACUUGGGCUUGGACUGGCGCUGUACAGCGCAGCGGAGGCUGGCGCCUUCUUCGUUGUCUGGGGAUCCGCGAGAUGGCAGGGCGUCGAAGGGUUUGGGUGGGGACGACCACAGGUGCUGCCCAUAGAUGGCUCUGGGCAGGAAAGUGACAGUGUAGACAUAGAAUUUCUCGAGCACUAG